AUGAAGAUGAAACCCUGGAUAAUACUAAAGCCGUUCGCGGCAGACACGUGGUACAUGAUCGUCGUGAUGGUGGCGAUUACAGUUCUCAUCCUGUCCUGCAUACUGAAGCUGGAACGUGCCGACGAUUACGGCUACAGCAUCUCGGCACUGAUCACCAUAGCCGCGUUAUGCCAGCAAGGUUUCCCUUCCCUCACCGAUCAAUCGGCCAGUCGAAUCGCCUUCAUUCAGAUCACGCUCUUCGGCCUGCUGGUGUACAAUUACUAUUCGGCGGCGAUAGUGUCGGCCAGAUUGAACGAGCCUCUUCAAAAGAUGAACGACUCGCUGUACUCGCUGGCGCACAGCAGGAUGCAGAUGGCGGCCGAGAAGAAUGUCUUCUUCGAUUUUCUGCUGCGG